AUGAGUUCAGGCUCCGCUAAGAACGGAUCAUCGUCGAGGUUGACUCAGGUGCCGUCCAACCAGUCUCUGCUGUUGGAGAAAGUGAAUGCUAGGACGUCGACUCCGGACUCUGAAGCGCUUGCCAGCUCUGAAGACGAAGGAGAUCAUCGCCACGAAACCUCUCAAACCCUUGCACAGCCCCCCAAACCUGUCCGCCGGGCUUCUUGGUUGAACGAUACAUCUGCACCUCUCAGCCGACCUCGCAAGGGGUCAUUUGCGAGCAACUCAAUGUCUCCAACUACAUCGCACCCCAGCACCCCAUCCAUUGAAACCGGGGCGGGGACCUGGGGAUCUCAUUCCACGUCCUCAACAAUGGGCCGCACGCCAGGAUCGAACUUUCAUUGGGGAACUGGUAUUUGGAACACAGACCGCAAAGAUCCGCCGCUGAGACUCAGCGAGGUUCUCCCGUCUCCUACCUCAACUGUGCCUCCCGGAGCUGGAAGCAACUCUUUCUUUGGCCCAGAUUCGUCUAACCUAACACCAACCUCCGCAGCCGCUCGUGAACCAGGCACCAAUUCACAGAUUCCCUUUCCCAUUCCACUUCAUCCUACGCCAAAAACCUACCGCUCGCAAUCGUAUUCUGCUGGACAGCUGGAUCCUGAAAUGUCACCAGGCACUGGGAUGAGCUCCUCCACCGUCAUUGGUCGGGCCCGUUAUCCUGCUCUUCAACAUCGACCUUCACGGCCUAGCAUGCUAAGCGAGAUGUCGAGCGACGGAACUAUGCUGGGAAAGGUCAAAGAAGUGGAAGAUGACGACGACGAAAACUCAUCCGAAUCUCUCCAAGGCUCUUUCCAUCAGAGUGCUGAAGCUAAAGCUAUUGAGAUGCUUGCGCGAGAGAAUGCCAUGCUUAGGCAGCAGCAACAGGCUCAGCAGCAACAGCAGUACGGUUCAAGGAUUCGACAACGAGGUGCUCCCGGUUCUUAUCAUGGCAACGGAUACCCCCUUCGAGAGUACGUUCCAGAAGAAGCUGAUUAUGCUAUCGAUGAGCUUGACGAAACAAAUGACGGCGAGGGCAUAGGCAGGCGACCUACCGAUAGGAGAAUGAGCGAGUUUGGUAUCUCAGGCCCAUACCGCAAUCCCAUGGGCUUUGAUGGACGGAAAGAAGUCCCCAACUUGAAGAAGGCGCUUUGGUCUAGCUCUCCAAGCUACUUUGCAAAUGAUCUUUCCCAAAGUAGACGCCACUCCUUUGCCAAUAUGCCCACACGACAAGGAUCCAUCAGCUCGAUUGCCGAUUCUGUUGCGACACUGGAGGCCCCAAAUCCUGAUCUCCAGUUGAACCAGGGCUAUCCGUCCGGCUAUCCAGACAGCUCAGCUUUUGGAGGCGCGAGUAAUCCUAAUUUCUUCCCCGGAGGCGGUAACAUGGCGGGCUCUAUGCCGUCGGGAUUUAGCAAUCCAUUUGCUUCUCCGUUUGGAAUGCAUGGUCAAUUUUCUGCUAACCGUCCGCCGUCUCCUCAUCGCAACGUGUACAGCGUGGGUCAACCAAGGCACAACCAGCUCUUACACGUUGUCCUAUUCAAGUGUGCUAGAGCGGAUGUAUUUUACAUCCAAGAAGGGACUGGGCUUACCGUCAAGCCUGGCGACCUCGUCAUUGUCGAGGCUGAUCGAGGCACCGACCUAGGAACUGUUGCACGAGACAACGUCGAUUGGCAGACAGCCAAAGAGCUCAAGGAACACUAUGCAGAGGAGCAAUACAAAUGGUUAAUGAUGUAUUCUCAAAACGCAGCUGCCGCACAGGAAGGUUCAGGUGCCGGCCUCUUGGCUUCGUCCAAUGGCCUCCAGGGCAGUGCAAUUGGUGGCAUGGGCCCACCGAAUCAGCACCACAUGCAAGAGCCCAGUGCUGGCGAGCUACGCCCCAAGCUCAUCAAGCGUCUCGCCCAGAAUCACGAGAUUCAUUCUCUGCGAGACAAAGAAGGACAGGAGGCCAAGGCGAAGAGAGUGUGCAUGCAAAAGGUCAAGGAACACGGCCUAAACAUGGAGAUUCUUGACGCUGAGUUCCAAAUGGACUGGAAGAAACUGACCUUUUACUACUUUGCUGAUUCCUAUAUCAACUUCAACUCGCUUGUCACGGAUCUCUUCAAGAUUUACAAGACUCGCAUCUGGAUGUCCGCUAUCAACCCGGCAUCAUUUGCUAGUCCUACCUUGGGGAUCCAAGCGCCGAGCGGAGUUGGACCUGGUGCCGUUGGUGUUGGUCGCGGAGCAAAUCCAAAUGAACGUCGCCCGAACCAAGUCUCGCAGCAGGAACAGCAAUCACAACUUUUCGCUGGCGCUGCACAACAAGCUCGGGGCCUACGAUCUGGCUAUGCCCAGUCUCAAUUGGCCACGGAUAGGCCAGCUCCUGCGGCCACCGGAUUUCCGCCUCCAAAUUACGCAUAUGGCUCUACAGGGGCUUUCGGCAAUACUCGAAUGAAUAACGGUGGCUCAUACACGUUGGGCGUGAACCAGGGCGCCGAUGCCUUCGCUGGCGCUGGAUUCUCACACUCGGGUGAUCUCCAGUCAAUUCGCCAACGAUUUCCUGCUUCUCAAACCAUGACACCUCCUGGGCAGCCACCCCAGGGCGUGAAUGCAAUCUCACCUCCCGGCGACUGGACAGCCAGUUUCCAAGGUCUCUCACUUAACACUCACUAA